AUGACGACGUUGUCUCCCUCCCUUCCAUUACACCAUAAUGACGUACCGCAUCACCUGGAGAAGCAGCAGCAGCAGCAGCAGGAGCAGCAGGAGCAGCAACGGUCGAACCUGCUCGCCCAGCUUCACCCGCUUCCCUACUACAGCCACCUCCUCCUCGUCGCCGCCGUUAUGUUCAGUCUCGGGUACCUCUCAGCCUCCCCUUGUUCGACCGUUUUAUCCCCUCAGCCUCUUCCUGUCCGUUCCGAGUAUUCUCAGUCAGCGGAUAUUUCUCAAGCGGAUGCGUCUGGUCUCGAUACAAGCACAGUGAUCCGGUUGCAGCAGUCUGUCAGUCCGAGGCCACUAAAUCCAUCCCCAAAUGAGCAGCUCUCAAGUGACACGUGCGCCGCUCCCAUUGGCGUCCAGCUCCCGCCUUCUUCAUCAUCCACAACCGAACCUGUUACUGCAGCACCGGAAUGGACCCCACAACCCAACCGGUACCUUAUGCUUUCAUGCACCAACGGUGCAACCACCAAUCGCCUCCUUUGCUUUCAGAAGACCAUUCUGGCAGCGAUUCUCCUCAAUCGCACGCUGCUGGUUCCCGAGGUUCCUCUCUGCGUCCCUCGCUCUCAAGGCCGGCCGGUGGUGUAUUCUGAAACCCUAGACAUUGGCCACUUGUCCCAGUGCUUUGGAGACGAGUCUAUACCUGAGCAACCAGGUCUUGAAGCAGGUUCGCUGCCUCUCCGCAAGGUGAUAACAGGAUUAGAGUUCAACACUCUAAGAGGCGGUAAUGGGAGCGACUUAGUAGUUGAUAAAUUCUUCUGCGGUCAGGUGCAGUACAGCUGUACCUUCAUAGAUGGUACCUGCGGCGAGACGGCAGAAAUCAAGCUCUUACAGAAAGAGACUGUCCCGGAGGAGGAGGGUAAUCUCUUUGACCUGGCUCCUAAGAUAGCAGCUGCGACUGCUGACGUUCCUGUGCUUGCUCUGGGUGACCUCUUCUUCUCAUUCUUCAUGAGACUUACGAAUCUAGUCUCACGACCAACUCACUCCUUCCUUUUCACAUUUCUUCCUCCCGUUCACCCACUCUCUCAAACCCCCUUCCUCUUUGCCUCUCCCCCACCCCUCAUCCUCCGCCUUUUCUCUCCCCUCCCCAACUCCACUUUCCCCCCUGCUUCCGCCUCCUUCCCCCAUCAGCGCGUGGCGAUCUACUUCCGCCAAUCCCCCGCGCGCCAAUUCGUCGGCCUCCUCGCCUUCCUCUUCCUCCUCUGGCUCCUCUCCGUCUCCGUCUCCUCCCGCCGCUCCCGCUCCUCCUCCUCUUCUGUUUCUUCCUCUUCUUCCUCAGCUGAUUCAUCCGGCGUGAAAGCAGUGGAGGGGGGACAACAGGAGGGGGAGACGAGAGGGGAGAGAGUGGAGAGAGAGAAGAGACACAGUGGAGGUGUGGAGCGAGCGAGUGACGAAGGCAGAGAGAGGAUGAGUGGGGAAGGCCGAGGAGCAGAGGACGAGACGUGGGCCGACAGCAUGGCACGAGAGUUGAGGGAGAAACGUCGACGGAAGGAAGAAAGACGGAAGCAGGAGGAGCAGAUUCGGAAACGCGGGGGAAAGGAUAAGGAGAAGGAGACGGGGGAGGAAGAGGAGGUGGAGAAGUUGGGGGGGAGGCGAGAAUUAGACGAAGCAACAGUGAGGGCGAAGGAGGAAGAGUUGGAGGUAGAGAGAAGGAAGCAGGAAUUGGAUGAGGAAUUGGAGAGGCAGAGAGAGGAGCUCGCGAACCAACCCAGAGACGAGGUCCCGGACCUGAAGCUCAGGAACGGCAGCCGAGGCUUGGGAGCCACCGGGGCGAGGCUCACCGACCCUCUUGGGCUGGUCCGGGACGAAGCAGGCGUGGAAGGGCAGGGAGGAGGGGAGGGACGUUGGAGCGGGGAAGGCAGGGGAGUGAUGAUGGGGAAUUCAAGCUUGAACCUGCUGUCUUCACGAGGAACGAUCAGAAAAGAUUUUAGGAAGGAGUGGGCUAAGGGGAUGUUGAGGGACGGGCGAGCGAGGGAGCUGGCAGGGGAAGGCGCGAGAAUGUGGAUGGGCAGAGCGAGGAGGAGGCAAAGGGAGAGGGGGGAGCUGGGGAGAAGGGGAGGGGUUCUUGGAGGAAGGAAGGGGGGUUGGCCAGCGGACGGAUGGGCAGGAGGGGGGCUUGAGAGAGAAGGAAGGGGAGGGGCGGAAGGGAGAGAAGGCGGAGAAGGGUUAGGAAUUGGUGUGGGGAACAGGAGUGCUGCUGCAGGGGGCAUUUCACGGGAUUUUGAGUCCCACAGUUCCGAAGCCGAAGCUGUGUGGAAGGAACGGCAGAAGCAGGUGGUUGCCGCCUUCCGGCACGCUUGGAAGGGCUACCGAACCUACGCGUUUGGUUCGGACGAGCUCAUGCCGUUGAGCCGAGGCGGGGAGGACGGGCUGGGCAGGCUCGGGGCUACGAUAGUGGACGGUCUAGAUACUGCGAUGAUUAUGGGGAUUAAAGACAUAGUAGACGAGGCUGGCCAGUGGGUUGCUACUACUCUGCCUGAGAAAAUCAACCAUGCCGGGCAGCAAGCCAAGAGGGGUGCAGUCCCACGCCCGUACCUCUGUCAGACGUGUACCUGGCUGGCCCAGCAGCGGCGUGUGCGUGCGUGCUGUGACUCUUCCUCACGCUUCCUUCGCUUCUCCUUCCAACACGUCUCCUUUCCUCCGACCAGCUAUGUCGAGCGGGCCAUGGGGGGCGGACUGAGCAGCACAGCAGAGGGCACGACAGUGCAGCUGGACUAUGCCCAGCGGGUCAUGGGGGGCGGGCUGAGCAGCACAGCAGAGUGCACGACGGUGCAGCUAGAGGGUAUACGCCCAGCGAGCCAACGGCGGCGGGCUGAGCAGCACAGCGGAGUGCACGACGGUCCAGCUGGAGUUCUGGGAAUUGACUACGCACAGCGGGCCAAUGGUGGCGGGCUGAGCAGCACAGCGGAGUGCACGACGGUCCAGUUGGAGUUCUGGGAGCUGAGUAGACUGACGGGGGAGAGGAAGUACGGAGCAGCAGCGAUGCAGGUGAUGGAGCACGUGCGGGGGCUGCAUCGACUGGAUGGAUUGGUGCCGAUAUACAUGGACCCCGACUCUGGUAGGUUCUCAGGUGAAAACAUCCGUCUGGGCUCAAGGGGAGACAGCUACUACGAGUAUCUCAUCAAGGCGUACCUGCAGCAGCGGGACCAAACCCCCGCGCUGCUGCAAGUGGUAACCACAAGCUUUCCAGCAAGCGGUGAUGGGCGAUCAAACGGCACCGAUGCAGCCGGUGCUGGUGCUGGUGCUGGUGCUGGUGCUGGUGCUGGUGCUGGUGCUGGUGCUGGCGGUGGUGACAAGAGCAGGGAAGGAGUAGGAGCAAGAGAAGGAGUAGGAGCGGGAGGAGGAGAUGGAGCAGGAGCAGCAGGAGGGAAGAGGGGCGCGCAUGUGGAGUAUCUGGCGGAGAUGUUUGACGAGGCGGUGGCGGGCAUGCGCAAGUGGCUGGUGGCGCGCAGCCACCCCAAGGGCCUCACCUUCAUUGCUGAGCGGCCGUCAGGGCUGACAGGGGAGAUGCACCCCAAGAUGGACCACCUGGUGUGCUUCCUGCCAGGAUCUCUAGCCCUGAGAGCGACUGAGGGGCUGACAGAGGCAGAGGCAGCAGCAAAGGGCGUGCUGACACAGCAGGGGAGGGAGCUGCUGGACUUGGCAAGGAACGUGACGGAGGCGUGCAUUCAGAUGUAUCAAGUGACAGCCACUGGGCUGGCGCCUGAGAUAGCCUACUUCAACAUGCGCGACGAUUCUAAGGAGUACAUGGGGACAAGGCACGACGCCGAGUAUGGGAGGGACAUUCAGAUCCACCAGGCGGACCGGCACAACCUGCUGCGACCCGAAACGGUGGAGGCGCUGCUUUACAUGCACCGGGUUACUGGGAACACACGGUAUCGCGAGGCGGGGUGGAAGAUGUUCCAAGCAUUUGAACAACAUACGCGUGUGGCAUCAGGCGGAUACACUUCGCUUGACGAUGUCUCUCGGGUGCCCCCUCCAAAGCGUAACAAGAUGGAAACGUUCUUCCUCGGGGAAACCCUCAAGUACUUCUACCUCCUCUUUGGGGAGAAGGAUGUUCUUCCAUUUGACAAAUACGUCUUCAAUACAGAGGCUCAUCCACUGCCAAUUCCAAGGGCCACCGCGGGAAAUGGCGGCAGCGAGAAUGUCGGGAGUGGUGGUGACGGCGCGCCUUCCGCAUCGCUCUCUGCGCGAGGCAUAGUUCUUCAGCGAUUCGUCAGCGCGGGAGAUCCUAUGAGCGGCUGCCAGCUGGCGUGGUCGCUGCGCGCCGAUUCGCUGCGCUCCGGCGUGGCUGGGGAAGCGGAGAGGCGCAGGGAAGGGGAGGGGGAGGAGAGGGGGAAGGAAAACCUGGAUGGGGAGAGGAAGGAUGAGAGAGAAGCCCAAGGAAUGGCGGAAGGUGGUGUCAUGGCGACCAAGGUCGAAGGGCAUCUGUUUCAGGAUGGCAGGCCUCUGUACGCGUUUAGAGGAAAUGUGCUUGUAACAGAUUCACAGUCAGGAGCGCAAUUCACGUCAGGCCAUCUUAGCUGGAAUGCCCCUGCAUCCCGCCUGUUGCUCACAGAUUCUGUGAGCUGCAGCCUUCCUGGAACCUUCCACGUGAGUCUGCCUCGUGUCUCCAUCACUCGAGCAUCUCUCGCUCAGUCUGUCUCCUCUCAAGGAGAACCCAGCCCAGCAGCAGGAGCUGCAGGGGAAGGUGCAACUCCUGCAGCAGCAGCAGCAGCAGCAGAAGAGAACUUGGCCGAUGAGAAAGGGGGAACAUAUGAAGCAACUAUCAGUGUGGCUAGUGAUGCGAGGAGAGCCAGAGCACCGCAUGAAGAGGAGGUAUUGCAGCAGCAGCAGCAUCCUCGGCUGAUAUCCCAGCAGCAAAUGUCAAUGCAGCAGCAGGAUCAGGAGCAGGAGCAGGAGCAGGAGCAGGUUGAGGAGCAUCAGGAGCACAAGUCAAUGGCAGAAGUACCCUGGUGGUUAUCCGCUGAUGCUCAUGUGGUCGCACAGGGCCCUGUCAAAGGCUGGGUCAGCCUGCCGUCCUCGUUAGUAUCUGGCUCGUUAAGAGGCAUUUCGAGGCUGAUCAAGGAUGCUGAAAGUAGUCAACGGCAGCAGCAGGGGGCGGUAGGGCAUGGGCGGCAUGGGUUGGCAGGUAGUGGUGGAGGUUUGAAGCGGAGGGAUGCGGGGAAGAGUGGGAGAGGGAACGAGAGCGCGUGGACAGGAGUGGAGUGUUCAGGAGGGUUUGAGUGGAAUGUGCCACGUGGAGAAAUCUCAUUGGUUGGGCCGAUCUCAGCAUCAUGCCCGAGUAUGGACGGGCAGGCGAAGAAGAUUGGUGGUAUCCCUGUAACUCGUUCUACCGCCACUCCCCCUCCAAUCGCCGAAGCCACUGCUUCCAUCUCAACGUUAUCCGUGCAAGCUGGUGCUGACGUGGCUUCAGGAGACAGCGGCAGCGGCGGCGCCAGCAUGGCACACAAUGCUGUUGCUUUGUGUGAAGCAACACGGGAACGAGAAACCUCAGCAUUGUGUACCAGCAGCAGCUAUGGUCCUUUGGGCCUUGGUGCAGACGUGCUAGGGUUUCGAGGUUCACCUUCCAUUGGUGUGGAGUACAGCACUCGAGGGGCGCCCAAGCAGUUGCCCUACGACUGCAGCCACAUCGCGAUGACCUACACUGCCCUCGCCAUCCUCGCCACCCUAAAUGAUGAGCCUGUUCCCAGUCUUCCUGUCAGCGGUGACGUUUGCAAUGCCGGUUCCAGUGGUGGCUCCAACGCCAGUUGCACUGCUGAUUGCAGUGUCAGCUGCAAGGAAAAUUCAGUGGUAGGGUGCUGUGAGGGGGAAAGGGCAGGGUGUGCAGGCGAGGAGGCGAAAGAGAGGGGCAGCGAGGGGCCGGGUGCGAGGUGUGGGGAUGGGGUGGAUGCAGCAGUGUGUGGGACAGCAGGGGAGCGGGGGGGCAUGGCAGGGGAGGUGCGAGGCAUGGCAAAGUCGCUGCUAGAGCUGCAGCUGCAAGACGGGAGUUUCAUGCCUGUUGCUUGCGGGAGCGAGUCCGAUAUGCGCUUCGUCUUCUGCGCUGGUGAGGGGUGGUUAGGGGUGCUGGGGGGUGGUGAGGGGCGGCGAAGGUGUGGACGUAUCACGUAA